AAUUUAAAACCUUUGAAGUUUGAUUAAUUCUUCAAUGUGAUCAGUGACAGACAGUCACAUGGAAAUUUAAAGAAUUCAUGUAAGAUUUUUCCAUCUCUUCCUCUCACUAUAUAACAAGACAGUGUCAAUGGUAUCACUCGUCAAGUGGUCAAGUAGAGUCCCCGAGAGUGCAGAGAAUGGAGCAGCGUCACGCCCACAUAAUUUUAAUAACUUACCCAGCACAAGGCCACAUCAAUCCUUCCCUUCAUCUCGCCGAGAGGCUGGUCGACAUGGGUAUGCAUGUCACUUUCACUACCAGCCUCUCGGGCCGACGCUGCAUGCCUCAGAAAUAUCGGGAUGUCAAUCCAAGUUCCACAUCUGACAAGGUCCGAAAAGGCCUCCACAUAAAAUUAUUCUCGGAUGGAUACGACGAGGGCAUAAAAAACACAGCUGAUUCCACUGACUUCUACGCCAAGUUAAAACACAACGGAGCAAAAUGUCUAGAGGAAACCAUUGCAUCCAGUGCUCAAGGCAACCCGGUAUCUUGCGUCGUCUACACUAUAUUUUACCCGUGGGUGGCUGAAGUGGCCCGUGGGUUCCACCUACCGUCCAUGCUGUACUGGAUUCAGCCGGCUGCUGUGUUGGAUAUUUAUUAUUAUUAUUUUAACGGAUAUGAACGUUCCUUCCAAAACAUGGACGAGCCUUCGUGGUCGAUAAAAUUACCGGGUUUGCCUUUGCUGAAGAAGCGUGACUUGCCUUCUUUUAUUCUUCCAUCGACAGAAGAUGUUUAUACGAAAGCACUUGCAGCAGUGAAGCAACAUUUUGAUGAAUUUAAUUCGGAUCCGGGGGCGAGAGUGCUCGUCAACACUUGCGAAGAUUUGGAGCAUUCUGCUCUGAAAUCCAUUGAGAAGCUCAAUUUGGUAGCCGUGGGUCCGGUUAUUCAAUCAGGUAAUUUUUCGGAUGGGAGGAAUGAUUCUGUGGAGAAUUCGGGAAAUUAUAUUGAUUGGCUGAAUAGUAAGGCAGAGUCCUCUGUAAUUUAUAUAUCGUUUGGAACAAUGCUGAAACUCCCGAAAGCCGAGAUGGAGGAGAUUGCGAAAGGGUUGUUAAAAAGUGGACGGCCGUUUCUGUGGGUUGUUAAAAGAAAUGAAGACGACAGAGAGGAAGACAAUUUGAGCUGCACGGAGGAACUGAAAAAGCAAGGGCUGAUAGUGCCAUGGUGUGCGCAAAUUGAGGUAUUGUGUCACAAGGCAUUAGGUUGUUUCAUGACACAUUGUGGCUGGAAUUCGACGUUGGAGAGCCUGGCCUCGGGGGUGCCCGUGGUGGCCUAUCCGAAAUGGACUGAUCAGGGGACAAUUGCAAAGAUGAUUGAAGAUGUGUGGAAAACAGGGGUGAGAGUGAGUGGGAGUGAAGUGGGAAAUGUGGAUGGUGAGGAGAUAUAUGGAUGCUUAGAGACGGUAAUGGGAGGCGGAGAAAGAGCAGAAGAGUUGAGAAGGAAUGCGAAGAAAUGGAAAGAUUUGGCGAGGGAAGCUGUGAAAGAAGGUGGAAGUUCAUACAAUAAUCUCAAAGCUCUGGUUCAAGACAUUUGAGCAGAGGCUUUUGAUAUAUGUACUUUGUUUUGUACCAACUAUUCCUUCUGUUUGUCUUUGUUUCUUGAUUAGUUGAUUGUGUUUUAAUAUUGUUAUUCAAUAUAUAAAUUAACUAGAUAUUAAAUA